CUCACCUACUUAGUACUACCACUCAGACAAGAUGAAUCUCCAUACUGCAUUUUUAUUUUUCAGUGUUCUAUGCUGUAUCGGUAUUACUCACUGUAGAUCUCAAAACAUGUCUGAAAGAGCUUCCUGGACCCAGGAGUAUACAUUUAGCUUCAUAAAAUACAACAGAUACUUCUCAACUAUAAUCAACAUUACGCCUAAGACAACGGAGACACGCAUCAGCAUACCCUGUCUGAACGUUGAGCGACAGCUUUUGAAUAUUACAGGUCAAUCCUUUAAUGUGACACGUCGUCCAAGAUGUGAAACUGUUCAAAUCUUCUCCACUGCUGACAUUAAUGUCCAUGGCAUGAUGUUCAGUAGUGUAGGCUUGACUGCAGGGUUUUUAGCCCUACCGCACGAACAGCUAGGAAAGGAAUACUUGGUUGAUUGUUAUACACCCAUAAAUCGCAGUGCACAAGUAGCUAUAGCAGCUAUAUUUGAUAAUACAACAAUAACUAUUUAUUGUGCAGAUAAUUGCACUUUUGAAAAUGCUAGAGUAUCGGGGGAGAUCAAGUUAGGGGCUGGUGAAUCUGGGAUUCUGACAGGGGUAAAAAAUGAAACAGAAAUGACCGGAACUUACAUUCGAUCUGAUGAACCUAUCUCUGUUAUAGUGGGAGCAUUGAGUGUUUAUAUUCCACGAGAUAAUCUGGAUAAAGGACAUGGUGUCAUUUUGGAGCAAUUGCUACCCAUUCCGUCAUGGGGUAUCGAUCACAUCGUACCACCUUUCCAGCAAACACCCAACGGUUGGAUCUUGCGCAUCUUGGCGAUGAACGAAAGCACUAUCAUAUCAACGACAGAUUGCGGGGAGGAGGCCCCAUCGUCACAAACCCUGGAAAGUAAAGACUACAUGGAUAUCACGGUUAAAGGAACCAGUCAAAACCUGUGCCUUAUUCAAGCUAACAAACCGAUUCAAGUCAUGCAAUACGUUGCAGGCUCACAUAAAAAUAGGGACGAUGGAGACCCUAGUAUGACAAUCAUCCCAGCAGUAAAAAAUUACCUUGGUAACACAACGGUAUGUGUUAAUAAAACGACGAGUGGUAUGCGAUACUUUGGGGAUAUUGUAGUUAUGGGGGAAGAAACGCCGAUGCUCCACUUUAAAGGUUCUUUGGUUCCAGAGAUGAACAGGACUUGUUACAACAUCAGCUCACGUCCUAUUGAAGGAUCGGAGUCCUAUACCACGUGA